AUGUUAAGGGAUCACAUAGUGUUUGGAGUGAAGUCAAAGAAAGUUCGUGAGAAACUAAUAGAAGAAGGAUCAGAAUUGACCCUACAAAAGUGUACAGAUAUAGUACGUACAUAUGAGCUGUCACAGAAACAACUCAAAACCAUGAACUUUACAGAGGAGGACCCUCAUGUGAAUAUGGUGAUGAAGAAGAGGCAACACACACCUCGCACAUAUAAGGAGAAACAGAAGAAAUGUUUCCGCUGUGGAUAUGAGCAUUCGCGUAAGGAUAAAUGUCCUGUCAUAGGACAAUCAUGUAAUUUGUGUCACAAGUCAGACCACUUUGCCAGUAUGUGCAAAUCUAAACGUCAACAAUUAGACCGGCACAAGAAAACUAAGGAACGUCAGAAACAGAAGAAAAUCAACUUAGUGCAAGAUGAGUAUACAGAUGAAGAUAGUACAAGUGAGGAAAGUGACUGUGGUGGUGGUAGUGGUAUAUUUAUGGGUGUUAUACACGAUGUGAACUCAGUGACCCCAGAAUCUGACUGGACAGUGAAGUGCAAAGUGAAUAACAAAAUUGUUAUCAUGCAUGUGGACACCAGAGCCAAAUGCAAUGUUGUCAGUCACAGUGUUUUACAAACUCUGAAAUUUGAAAAAUCGAUACAGAAAUCGAGUGCCCUGUUGAAGAGUUUCAGUGGACAUACCAUGAAAUCCAAAGGACGCAUUGUGAUACCAUGCACAUUUAACAAGGAAACUUUCAACAUUCCAUUUGAAGUGGUAGAAGUUAAAACACCAACCAUACUCGGAUCAUAUUCAAGCCAGGAGAUUGGACUAGUACAGAAAAUGUUUAGUGUGUCACAGUCAACUAUUGACACUGAUGAGAACCUCACAGAACAGUUCAUACAGAAGAACUAUUCAGAUUUAUUCCUCGGAAUUGGCUGUUUACCUGGUAAACACAAAAUACACCUAAAGGAAAACGUACAGUCAGUCGUACAUCCACCAAGACGCAUAUCUGUUGCUCUUCGCCAAAAGGUUAAGGACAAACUCAAAACAAUGGAACAGGAGGGAAUCAUUGUUCGACAGUCUGAACCAACGGAGUGGGUUAAUAGCCUGGUGACUGUUAUUAAACCUAAUGGUUCAGUUCGACUUUGCCUUGAUCCUAAAGAUCUCAAUUCAGCCAUAAAGCGACCUCAUUAUCCUAUGCUUACUAUUGAUGAAAUAGUUUCUCGCAUGCCGAGUGCCAAAUAUUUCUCCAAGUUGGAUGCAAUUUCUGGAUUCUGGCAAAUCCAAUUGGAUGAAGAAAGUUCUAAGCUAUGUAGAUUUAACUCGCCUCUGGGAAGGUUUAGAUUCUUGAGAAUGCCGUUUGGUCUGAACUGUGCAUCAGAGAUUUACCAAAGUGUGAUGUCACGAAUGGUGGAGGAUAUCGAAGGUGCUGAAGUUAUUGUGGAUGAUAUCCUUAUAUGGGGAAGAACUCUCAAGGAACAUGAUCAAAGACUGAAGAAAGUUUUGAAUAGAACCAGAGAAUAUAAUCUGAAACUUAGCGCAGACAAAUGUGAAUUCCGCAAACAGGAAAUAACUCAUGUUGGCCAUGUUUUAAGUAGUGAAGGACUGAAGGCAGAUCCAGAGAAAAUUCGAGCAGUGACUGAAAUGAUUCCACCAAGUAACAGGAAGGAGUUAAGAAAAUUCAUGGGAUUCAUUCAAUAUCUCGCCAAAUUCCUACCCAACCUAUCUAAGGAAUCCGCACCAUUGCGACAGUUACUCUCAAAUGAAGUGUCAUGGCAUUGGGAUGGAGACAAACAACAAAGUUUCCAAAAGCUCAAGGAGAUGGUUACAAACACUCCAGUGCUCACAUACUUUGAUCCGGAGAAACCAGUUCUACUUACUGUGGACAGCAGUUCAACUGGACUAGGAGCUGCAGUUAUUCAAAGUGACAAACCUGUUGCUUAUGGAUCACGAGCUCUGACCACAACACAACAGAAAUACUCACAGUUAGAAAAAGAGACAUUGGCUAUUGUGUACGGUUGUCAGAAAUUCCAUCAAUAUGUUUAUGGAAGAAGAAUUCAAGUAGAAACUGACCACAAACCUCUACAAUCCAUUUUCCGUAAACCAUUACAUGAAAUUCCAGCUCGUCUGCAGAAGAUGGUCCUUACAUUACAAUGUUACGACUUGGACGUUACAUACAAACCUGGAAGUACACUUGUGGUUGCUGAUCACCUCUCCAGAAAUUACUUGAAUGAGACAACUGAGAAGUUAGUUGAUGAAUUCUCUGUCAAUGCUUUGUCGUACUUACCAAUAACACCAGAAAAAUAUGCUGAAUUGCAGAAAGUAGCAUCAGCAGAUCUCGAAAUGAUGUUGCUCAGGAAAGCUAUUCUAGAAGGAUGGCCAGAGAGACGUGAUCAACUUCCUACAGAAAUACGUACCUACUGGAAUUACAGAGAUGAACUUGCUUGUAUAGAUGGUUUGAUAUACAAAGGUUUACGACUAGUGAUACCGCAAGCCUGUCGCAAAGAGAUGUUAGAAAGAACUCAUGAAUCUCAUCUAGGCAUUGUGAAAUGCAAAGCUAUGGCACGUGAAGUUAUGUUUUGGCCUUCCAUGGGAAGCCACAUUGAAGACAUCAUUUCCAAAUGCAGCAUUUGUGCUUGUCAGCAAAGAGAAAAUCCAAGAGAAAACCUUAUUCCUCAUAAAAUCCCAGACCGACCUUGGUCAAAAAUAGCCAUGGACUUGUUUGAAUUCUGUGGAAACCAGUAUCUCAUAUCAGUGGACUGUUAUUCGAAAUGGCCAGAAAUAGCAAAACUAGAACAGUCUACAUCCAACUGUGUGAUUCAACACCUUAGGAACCAAUUUGCAAGAUAUGGUAUUCCAGAUGAAGCCAUGUCGGAUAAUGGACCUCAGUUCGCUAGUGCUGAAUUCCGGAAAUUCACAAAGGAAUACGAAUUCCGUCAUGUCACAUCAAGCCCUCACUAUCCACAAUCCAAUGGACAAGUGGAGCGUAUGGUCCAAACAAUAAAACACUUGCUUAAAAAAGCAAAGGAUCCUUACCUUGCUAUUUUGGAUUAUCGGAAUACUCCCCUGGAAGAACUUGGAUUAUCACCAGCUCAGCUAUUCUUAGCUAAGAGACUCAAAACGAAAUUACCUGUUUCAUCAACUCUGUUGAAACCACAGAAUGCAGAAUUCGUCAGAGAGAGCCUCAUGACUCGUCAGGCUAAGCAGAAAAGGAAAUUUGAUCGGCAUAUCCCAGCAUCUGACUUGAAACCAUUAGUUCAAGGAGAAAAUGUGAUGAUCAAGCACAACGAAAAAUGGAUGCAUGGAUCUGUUGUGGAAAAGCAUGAAACCCCUCGUUCACGUGACUUAAAAUCUACGAAAUCAGUUCAUGAAGAAGUGACCAUAGAGGAAGACUUUGACCUCAAACCGUACCGCAGUGAAUGUACCGUACAGCCCAAGAAUCCUGAUAAAGGAAAAGGAACACAUACACUCAAACCAGGCAGUCCACAUAGAGAGAAAGCAAAGGAGGAAGACCUGCAGCCGAGAAAAAGUAUUCCAACUGGACCAAGCACCGUGGAAUCAGCAUCCAGAUGUGAAGUAAUGCCAAAUUCGGUGAAAACAAAAUCUGGGCGUGAAGUGAAAAAGCCAUCAAGGUUUCGUGACGAAUAG